AUGUCGGCGGCACAGAGACGACACAAAGACUCCACGUCACAGGGACUUCAGAACCAUUCCAGAUUGUUCGAAGCUGCAAAGAAGGCAUCUGGCGAGAUAUUAGCCCUCGACGCCGAGCCAGUCUGUCAUACCGUGGCUGCACGCUUUCUUGCCAACAACUGCCAAGUGCUCGAGGGCAAAGACGAUGCCAGCGUGCUUACCGACAGCGGUCGUCACAUCAGAGACUUUCUCGAGUCUUACGCAGUCAGCCUAGCGAUCUGCGACCUCGAGCGAGGCAACAAGACAAUCCCAGCAGAAUGUACUAUGUUCCGCGAGUCAUCUCUCGUUCAGUUUCCCGUGCAAACGACUGCUCACCUCCAUGUCACAUCCGACGAAAUCCAGGCAUGCCUCUCUACAUUUGCGAGCUCUGCAGUAGUGUGGGGCACCUACAUCAGUCACAAGCAGAAUGCGCUACGGUUUUGUGAGGCUGCCAUGUCCGAGAACAGCAGAGCCCAGAGCAUCAGAUUGUUCCAACGCGUUACUCAGAUCAUGGGGGCUAUGGUAGAGUUCUUUGAUACGACUUGGGAGAAACAUUUGAGCAGCAUCGUGGCUGCUGUUCAACAAGCAGUGGCGGAGCAACUGAACUCUUUGACAGCAGGACUUGCGCGCGUACAGGAGGGCCUGCAGCUCUCAAACGACUACAUCACACACAAGCUACAGGUUUCGCUAGAGGGUCUAGGACUAUCGGUGCUGAACGUAGAAAGAGGCUUAGAGGAAAUGCUGCGCAAUCUCACCGUUGUGGCGAUACAGAGUCAAGCAGAUGCCGAAGAGGCAUAUCAACACGCUUUGAAGACGUUCAAUGAGGAGGCUUCGCUAGCGAUCUUGGCAGUUGCUGCAGAGGCACGCAAGUCCGUGGCCGAAAUGGGCCGUGAGCUGCUAAACCUUGGAACACAGGAAGUCACAAAGUCCCGCAUGGCCGAGCUCGAAGAGGGUAUCUACAACAGUUCAGCCAUGGUAGAGAGCCAAUCCCUACGAAUCAAGGACAACAACCAACAACUUUCCAAGGUCAGGAAGGCAACAAGCAAGAUCAACGACGACCUCAAGGAGGCGAUGUCGUCUGCAUCCGAUAUUGGCAGCAGUCUCAGCACACGUUUCUUCUCUUCGCCGCUUUGGUCAGUUGGCUGGUUUUCGAUCGCAUCAUUGAUCCUUGGUUCGUACGGACUCCCACCGUCUAUGAUAAGGAAUGGAGGUUUAGUCGCUUUCGGUAAGUGA